GCGUUUUUUUACCUAGUGCUGUGCCCCCUUUACUUCAAGUGAAUUAUCUACGUGCUUGUGUGCUAUCGUGUGUGUUUCUAUUCAGUUGGAUACCACUGCUAAGUGAUUUUCAUCACUAUUUUGAGCAUUAGUGUGUGUUUUCCGCCGACAUGGAUAGCGCAUGCACAUCGGCCAGCUAUGCACAGGUGACCUCGACCCCUUUAGUGGUUCACCUGGCCAUCUCUUCUGAGGAAGGAUUCGAAGAUGCUGAUCCGAGGGGUGUGAACGAGUCGCCAAGUCCAGCUGACGACCAAAUGGAUCAACAGGUGGAGGAACACCUCAUGACAUCGGAAAAGGACAGGAAUCAGGACCUCGGACUGACAGAGGAAAAACUGAAAAACUAUACAACUGUCCGCUCAAUAAGGUUUGCAUGUAAAGGACGAUGUCAACUGGCUGAAGUGAUAACAGCGUGCGAAGAAAUCACCGGCAGCCUAGGAAACGUGGAACAGGUUUGCAUUAAACCCAACAACACAGUGGAAGUGGGGUUAACUACGGUGGAGGCCAAAGAGAAAUUGAUUGGACACACUCUAAAGGUAGGAGAUUUAAAUGUUAUUUGCGAGAGCUUAGAUGAAGACCUUUUAAUGGUCACCGUCAAAUAUGUUCCUAACGAGGCUGAUAAAGAUCUUGUUAGAAGUAUAUUAUCGGAAUACGGGAAGGUCAACAAAGUUCUAGUACAUACGGUUACGGUGAGCGGGAGAAAGUUUAAAACGGGCACCUAUAGAGUCCUCAUUAAGACAAGGAAAUUGCUACCAAAUUACGUAGAAAUGUUGGGAAAUAGGGUCGAAUUACAAUAUGUAGGUAGGAAGAAACAGUGCUGGAGGUGCAGCAGCCUCAAUCAUGAAAUUAGGGAAUGCACCGUAAAACUCUGUCAUCGGUGCAAAAGUCCUCACCACAUGGUGAGAGACUGUCCCAAGUGUUACAACUGCAAACAGACACACAAUAGGGAGGAAGAGUGUCCAAAACAAACCCUGCUUGAAAUCUAUAAAACGGGAGGGAGAAACAAGACGAAGGAAAGAAAAAGAGAAAAAAGUCUAGAAAGACAGAAAGCCCAGAUAAAUGAGCAAAGGGAAAACCAAAAGGAAAAAGAUAGGGAGGACAAAAGAGAACAUGAACAUGAAUCGGAAGGAGAUCAGGAAAAAAGGGAAACAGAAGUUGAACCAAUGGAAUCGAUAAAAAAACAGACCGAGAUGGACACAGAAAAUCAAACAGACAAAAUAGAAAAUAAACCGAACAACAGAAAUGAAAGCUUAGAGGAUAGAAUUGAAGAGCAAAAAAACAUAACCUUAGUAAGAGAGAAAAUACUCUCUAUAAGCCUAGAUGCGAGUCUAACUAAGGAUGAAUUAAUCGAACAGGUCGAAAAUGUGAUAACCGUAGCUGAUAAAAGAAAGACAAGAAAAAGUAAACGAAUAAACGCUCACUCCAAUAGUAACAUUCAGACCAAACAAAAUUAAUAUCAAAUCUAUUAACAUAUCCGG